GAGUCUUCGGGCAAAGGGCGUCUAGCUUUCUUAACAAGUCCACUGUUCGGAAAGCGUAAGUCCAAACCCGGGCCGACACCUGGGCCUUUGUUAUGCAGCGAGGUUAGCCUCAUGACCUGCCCCACCACGGUCCCCUCAUUCGGCGUCGUUGGAGCGGCUGGGAGUCGAAUCGUGUCAGCCGACAAGUGUCUGACGGGUUCUUUGAUACCAACCGGUCUGGCCGAACGAGCCGUUGCCCACUUUCCCGGCGACAAGAGCCUCGUCGACUGCACGCCUCCUGCCCUCAUUCGCCCUUGCCGGCGGUUGCCGUGCCAGACGAGCUCGAGCUCAGGCACCGUGUGUCUUUAUCCGUCCGCGACCGCCUCGCCAUCUCCGCCCUUGGCAGCGACUUCCGUGUCUGCAGUCCAGCCGACCAGCGGACCACCGCAGAGUCUGGCCAAAGUGAUGCCUUUAGUCUGUCGUCACUUUGCCCACUUGGCCGGGCCCCAGACCGACGCAACCGUCGCCAUCGCCGGAAAAGCCUCGGUGCAUUCGAGCAGUGGCCACGGCAGUGAUUGCUCCGCCACUCUGUCGCCAUGGCAACCUGUUCAGGGUGGUCUGCCAUUGCGCUGCCUUUGUGGACGGCAUUGUCACGAGGCGUUCCAGACUGGACCCGUCAGGUCCUACCACCACCAACAGCCACAGCAUCACCAUCACACACAUCACCUGCACCACCACUACCCUCCUCAGCCUCAGCUCCAGCCGCAAUUGUCACAGUUGUCCCAGUUGCCACAGCAGCAGCAACAACAACCGCCACAGCAACAGAAGCGACACCAAGAGGCUGGCGCUGCGGAUUGCGGCAGAAACGCCGUCGCCACACCCUCCACCGACCAGCUGUGCACCGCCGUCGAUUGCCAGGCCGGCCACAACAGUCUGGUUGGCACGGGAAGCAGCGUUCCCGUGAGCCACACGACCGGCGGAAGUGGCGCUGGCGGAGGCGGAGGUGGUGGUGGUGGUGGUGGCGGUGGUGGUGGCGGUGGCGGCGGUGGCGGCGGCGGCGGCGGCGGACAUACCAGCAGCGGUUACGAGAGCAUCUUGCGCGACUCGGAGGUCUCAUCACAC